AUGCCUACUGCCCUUCAGACGUCUGCGACUACAACCACCGCGCCUGCCUUCAGUGCCCCUAUACCCGUCGCUCCUGCUGCGCGCGUGCCGAUUGUGACCCGCCUCAGCCAGGAUGGACGCUCGCAGCGGCGCAUUGUAAGGAGGAUGACAAGCGGCGAUGCAGCGCUGCAACGGCCUAGCAACAAACGAUCACCUUCACCGCUACCCCCCAACAAGCUCGUAAAACGCUCCUCGUCAGUACGCAUGCCUCACGAGACGCCUGUCCCAAGCUCCGUGACUCUCCGUCCCUCGUUUCGCCGGCCGGCUACUAGCCACCAGCGCUCCGCAACAUUGCAGUACCAGGGCGCGCUGCUGGAAAGGACUGCUGAAGUUCCGUCCAUGGACGAGCAACUGCACUCUGCCAAUACCGACAGCGAAAUCGAGUACGCCCAGUUCUUCACGGCCAAGAUUACAAAGGAGCGAACACUGGCGAAGAGGAGAGGUUCGUCGGCAACUGCUGCACAUGGGUUUAGAAGGAUAUUUCCCGAUGUGAAGCACAAGCCUACGCUCGUGCUCGCCAGAUCGGUUACGGCAGGUGCAGAGGACAUGGACGAGUCGACAAGUGAAGACGGUGAAAGCAUGUUCUUCGUGAGCAGGCCGGGCACCCCACUAAGUAUGACGGCUGUAAUCGCUACCAAACCUGAGCAUCUGCACUCCUCCCGCCCCCGCCCCUCUACAGACCUCAGCGACGAUGCGACACGGCCCCGGCGCUCCUUCUCUAUUACUGACUUGCUAUCGUCUGCAACAGGUGCCAAGAAGCAGCGGAUUGGCAGCAAGCUUGCCCGCCGAUCGAGCCAGCGGGUCAGCUCUGCCCCCCUUCUCCAUACCAUGGGCAAGCGACCUAACAGCACCUCAUAUGGAGAAGCGCGGCGCGAUUUGACCGACCCAGCGCUUGCGAGACGCAACAUUGCCACGUCUGCCGGCCUCGCCGCUGGCGAAUCAGGCAGCUUUACUCGCUAUGGACCUGCUGGAGGCUCUUCAUCGUCGCCAUUGUCCGCAUUACCGGUCCGUGGCGCGCACGCUGUCCCGGGAGACUCCUUGGCGUCCCCCAUGCCUCAGCUCGAGGUGAUUGCCUCAGCCGUGUCAGGCGCCAAUCAGAUGCCCCCCUCCCCUACCCUAGCGCAAUCGGGGGUUCGUCCGUCGCGUCAUUCAAUGGCCCCAUCCGAGCAAGCAUCGACAUUGGUCGGCUCGUCUGAUAAUGAAGUUCGUGGUUUGGGUUCGGGCGACGAGGACGAUGCUGACUUCCAGAGCGAAACCCUCUUUGAUUCGCUACGCACUGGCGCAACUAGAAGCACUUCAGGCGGCGCCCGUGGGCCUCGCAUUGAGACCAUAUUUGACGAGUCGCCCCCUUCCAAGGUCAAGGUUACCGCUCUGCGAGACCUGUUUCCUCCCGGUUCGUUUGGAGAGCACACCAUCAAUGGUGCCGCCGGCCAUCAGAGCAUUGCCGAGGAAGAGGAGAGUAUCUCGACACCGGUGCGAACACCGCUCUCGCUUGGCACACUGGAAUGGGACUCGAGAGUGGGAGAUGACGAGGAUAGCAGUAGGUGGUCACGAGAUGAAGAGGAUGUUGAGGACCCUUGGGUUGAUCUGCCGACAGCGAGCCACACGGCCACAGCUACGCCCGUACCUUUAUUACGCCAGAACCCUCGCUUACUCGCGUCGGGCUCCAGUCCAAAGCCAACCACGUCCCAACACCUCACCGCAGAUCAUGGCGAUAGGGACGCUCGCAGUAGCAUCUUUGAUUGGUCAGAACAGCAACCUGCUGAUAAAAGCUCGGGCAAUCGCUCGCCGCCACGUCCUCGAACAGUUCACGGAAAGAAAGACGCAGACCGGAGAGGCAGUCGAUCCGUUGGUCGGCGCGUGCCCAGCGGAUUGCACGCUCGCAGCCAAAGUGUCCCAGUGGUUCCAGAUGCGGCUGGUAAGCGUAACACUGUCGUCACAAACAAGUUCGGCACCUGGGGUGUUGGAAGCAAAGGUGUGACCGAAGACUGGAACGAUGAUUUUGACUUUUCCGAACUGAAGGAGGACCCUGACGCAGAGGGUUCCAACAAUUCACCAAGGAUCGACAGUGGCAUAGCUAUGGUGGUGCCGAAGACCAUCCAGGAGCAGCAAAACAACGUCUUAGCCAAUAUCGGUCUACUGCGCGAAUGGGGCCUACUCAUUGAAGAACUCAAAGAGCAUAGGAUACGCGCCAUUACGCUCGACAUAGUAGAAGGUCCACAUUCGGGAAUGUGGGAGGAGGUGGAUGCGAUGAUAGAUCUUGCUGAUCAAGAGGCCGACCAUGAGGGUGUCCCCGGCUUGUCCCCUCCAUCAUCCCCUGGGUUCGAUGAGGAUGCCUUUGAAGAUGCAGCUGGCGCUAGUCCUAGCAAUAGUCGGGGAAGGCGCAAGUCGGGGUCUCCGAACGAGGAUCUCGGUAGGAACCCCGCUCAGCCUGUUCGCCCAAGGCGAAAGUCGAUCCUCCCACCAAACUACGGGAUAUUCGCUCCUCAAUCAUCCCCCAUCCCACCCAAGUCUAGAUUUGAGACACCUACGAAAGCCGACCAGAAACCCAUCAUCACACGACCCCGGAAGGACUCCGAGGCCAAAGCACGUUCAGUUAUUGAAGCAUUACAACAGAGGAAAAGCACCUACGAGCCUGUUCCCGACGCGCCGCCGACUCCAUCCUCCAAGAAAGUGCCGUUUGACACUGCAACCUUGCGACGUAUAGUUCCCUACGUCAGCACUUUGACGCGCAAAGUGAAAGAUGCCAUUAGAGACGCAGAAGGGCUGUACUCCAGCCCAAGUACGAGUCCACACUACGAGGCGCCACCGUUCAGUAGGAUCUUCCAACAGGAUCCUGAGCUCGCGGCUCAAAUGAAACUCAUGACGGUGAUGUAG